UCAUCUCUAACAAAAACAAAGUUAUAAAUAUUAUUGAAAAUAUGUUGAAAAUUAAUUAACAAAGUAUAAUGAGCGCCCACCACAGACCCCUAGAUGAGUCGGAUGUCACACUCAUACACACUAUACGAUCCACUCCAUCGCUUUACGACCACAGACAUGAAGACUUUCGCCUUUCGCAGCGUAAAGAGGAAGAUUGGGCGAAAGUUGCAGAUACGUUAAAAAUUUCCGCUUCAGAUGCCCGACGCAGAUGGACUUGUCUACGAGAUCGGUAUUCGCGAGAGCUCAAGCAAAUGCGACUGCAUCCCGCCUCCGACUUCGGCAAAAAUGAGUUUUUCCGACAAAUGGACUUUCUUCGAGAAUUCGUACGUAAGCGACGUGAGCGCAGCCGUCGCGACGAUACACCAACAAGUUGGCUUAAAUCGGAAGUUAAGAAACCACGACUGAUAGCACGCCCAAAGCCGGAAAUAUUACUAGACCCAGAUUUGGAUGAUUCACAGAACUACGAAGAAAGUGAACACAACUUUGAUGCAGACACCAAGUUAGAGGUUCAGACUACACAAUCAGAAAGUUACUCUGUGCUCGCGGAAGCCGAUGAGGUCGAUGCUGACGAGCAUGUUUCCUAUGAUGACUACUUGGCCGAUACAGAAACUGCUCAGCAAAAGCCUUUGCCCACGUUACGUCCAUCACCAGCAUUAGUAACAGUGCACACAGAAGCACCAACGACAACAACCACCACAUCCACAACAGUGGCGGAUCGUUCCUCGUCCGAAACGGAGCACACACAUGCGGACCUUAACUAUAUGGUCUGCUUGCCAAAUAUGAGCGUUGAACGCGAGCAUUUGCCAGCCAUAAAAUCAGAUGCCUUGUCUAGCUUUGAGACGAUAUCUACUCCCGUUGUGGCACACAACGAGACUGAAGAUGAUUUUUUCUGCAAAUCCGUGGCUGCCUACCUGCGGCAAUUGUCACGGCGGCAUAAAAUCAAGGCUAAAGUAGAAAUGUAUCAAAUACUGGAGAAGUACAUAUUGAUUGAAGAAGCGGCGGCGACGACGACGACGAUUCAGGGGUCUGGGUCGCAUAAUUAAAAUGGAAGACGUAGCAACUUCUUGUAUAUAAUUAGUUUUUAAAUAGAUUUUUAUGAAGUACAAAUAUACAACUGA